AUGAAAAAAAAUAUAAUUCAAAAAUUUUUUAUCAAUAAAAAUGUUAAUUUUUUCUACAUAUAUAGAAGGGGGUAUUUCAAAACCCUAUUUAAAAAUGAAAUGAAAUAUAUGUGGAAUGGUUCUAAUAAAAAUAAUUUUAUAAAAAGUGAACCAUAUUCUUUUUUUUCUACCGAAAAUAAAAACGAAUCAAAUUUUCUUAGUAAAGAUAAGAUAGAAGAAAAGGUUUUAACUGUUUUAAGAAAAUACUUACCUAAUGAUGCCGAAAUUAAAUAUGAAGAGGAAUUAGAAAAAAACAAAACAAAAGAUAAUAGGGCAUGGGAUUUUUUAGAUACUGUGGAAUUUUUAAUAGAUAUUGAAUCUGAAUUUAAUAUUACAAUUCCUGAUGAGACAGCCGAUAAUAUAAAAACUUUACAAGAAUUAAUAGACUACUUAGUUCAAUUAAAUGUGAAGAAACCAUAA